ACGAGGGGCUGGGAUGCGGCCGCCUCGCUGGCAAGAUCAACGCAGCACGAGGACCGAUCCUCACAGCCACUGUCUGCCGACUGGCGCCAGAGCCUAGGCACGGCGAGGGCCCGAAGAGGACGCGGGCGUGGUCGAUGCGAGAAGUGUGCUCUCCUGCUGCGCGGGGCGAUGACUACGAGCAGGACAGGCUGCAAGUGCCUCAACACGCCUUGUGCUCGGCCGUCCCAGCACGGAGAUGCUCAGGUCAGGCACCAGGCGGCGAGGCCAAUAGGGGCGCGAGCGAAGGCAUUGGACGGCGGAGCCACGAGCCGGCUGGUGCAGGAUGCGCGUCCGUGCGUGGGUACGGCCGUGCUGAUCUAGCGCACAGGAGGCACUCUACUUCGCUGGCACUUGCAAGCAGCGAUGCCUGCACCUGCAGCAGGCGCCAGCCCACGCAAGCAUCACCGGCAAUCCCCCUCGCCAGUAGUGCCGGUGCGACGGCGAUGCUGCCGCGCUGCAGCACCUUCGCCGCACGGCAAGCACGCUCCGCUUUCGCCAGAACCGGGACACUGAGAAUCGAUCUGCGCUGCUGUUAGGCCGUGCACGCUGCACAGCACGCCUUCGCAGACAGGCUCAAGCGACCAUGCGCACCCUGCGAGGCCCUGGCGGUCGGUGAGCGGCGACACACACUUGCCGUACGCCUCUCCGGUGCUGUGCUUCUUCUCACGACCGACCCCGCCGCACGGAAUAUCCCGAUGAGCAAGGACGCUAGCAAGCCGACAGGUCUCCUGCG